AUAAAUUGGGAUCGGGGCAGCCGGGCAAGUCAACAUUGUAAAAGGCGUUUCGUGUGUCUUCUCUCUUCCAUUUCCCUGCGGCUUCAAACCCUCAUACGGUUUGUUCGAUAGAACGGGUUGUUUACAAGUAUUCGCUUAAUCGUAUUCCUUAAUAACCUAUGGCGGAUGAAGAACCAAUUGACCAAAAGAAGUACUUUGAAGAUUCAUGCAAGCCCAAAUGUGUCAGAGCUUGGCUUGAAUAUCAGGGAUGUGUGAAAAGGGUGGAGGCAGAUGAAAGCGGGCACAAGCAUUGCACAGGGCAGUAUUUUGAUUAUUGGCAAUGUGUUGACAAAUGUGUUGCACCUAAGUUAUUUGAUAAACUCAAGUAAUGGAAGAGAUUUCUACUGUUGAAAAAUCAAAAGUUGUGUAACAUGAAUUUGAUGGAGUUUAUGUUUUAUCUGUGCUUUUAGUGGUGGUUUAAUGAAGUCCCCUUUGUGGACUCUAUUUAUAAACUUUGAACCUUUGCAAAAUUAAUUUUCAUUUUCUUUCUUACCCAAA